UUUGAUUCCCCGUUUUGGGGCUACCAAAAUUUAGAUCGAGUGAGCACCCCUCUUUGCGCCUGCCUUGUUUGUUGCGUCUCAUCUCUCCAUUGUACAGCUUUGCUUUGAGCUCAAUAAAAUUCCCACCGCCAUGUUUGAUGGGCUCGCCCGGGCCAUCCAGGCCUAUCGCCCAGGUCGCCCCGAUUCUGGAUGGUUUUUCGCCGGCUUGGCAUCAUCAUUCCCCAACAUUGACAACAGCCACGACGGCGCCCUGGCAGAGAAGGACAUACCGGCACCCUGCGAAGCUGCCGUGGGAUCGACCACCGCAUCCAUACCCGCCUGCAAGGUGUUCCGCGUCCCGCUGCCAGAAGGGCCAAGGGGGAAUGCAGAGGCGGAGGUUGUGCCGCUUACGGAAGCUGCCGAGGAAGGAGCGGAUCUGCGGAACCAGGUGCUUGUUUUUCAGUACCGGGGAAAGUUCCAUGCUGUUGAUCAUCAAUGUCCACAUUCGUCCUUCCCCCUCUCGCGGGGAUCCCCUUUUGACAUUGAGGAUUUUGGAGUAGUCCUGAGCACAGGCAUUGCGUGUCCAAAGCACGGGUGGUCUUUUGAUUUGUUCUCAGGCCAAGGAGACCGUGGGAGCUACAGACUAAAAAUUUGGGAGGUCGAGCUAAGAGAUGCCAGUAAUGGGGAGGAGUCCGCACAGGAAAAGGAAGUGUGGGUUCGACGAAAACAGAGAAUUGGAUGAAGAGGAUAAGAAAAAAAAAGAUAAGCCCAGACAAAGAAACUGAACGCUAAAGAAGAGCACCUAUUUUGGUGACUGACACUAGAAAUAAACACCGAAAAGGACUCGAGACCGUACUCAAAAUGGCUUCUCUGAUAUAGAAGAAGAAAGAAUAAAAGAUAAGAAAGCAAAUCCAAGCUAAGCUUCGUUCAAAAUCGCAGAAAGACUGUCCAUCCGCCAAGGAUCCAUCCUGGCAGUUGGCGCCGCCACACCGAAGCGCGGCAGGGGUUCGAGAAGCAUGUUGUCCGGCGUGGUCGGCCUCCUGCCGUCGAACCAAAACUCCUCGUCCUGCUCCUGCUGCCGCCGCAGCGAUCGCAGGUUGACCAUGGACCGCGGACCCCUCAGCGGCGACGACUGCGGCGACUGCGGCGCGGGCAGGUUGCAGCCAUCCCCCAAGGUGUAGGCCGCCAGGAGCAGCGCGCGAAGAUCGGGCUGCUCGCCGUGCUCGCCCUCGUCUUGUCCCUGGCUGCCGUCGCCGGGGAAUGCUAGCGUCGGCACGUGCAACGACGUCUGGGUGGUGGUGUUGUUGUUGUUCGCUGCUGCAGAGAACGGCAGGUGGAACUUGGGGCGGCUGAUGCGCUUGUACGCCCGAGGCCCUUGGGAUGAUGCCCGUGGCGGCGGCGGCGGUGAUAAUGUGGGAACCGGGACAGGAGGCGGCGCCGCGGGAGCGAAAAGGCACGGAGUUUGUGACACAUUCAAGGGGGAAGUUGGUGAGCGUGUCUCGGUGCGAGGAGAACGUGCGGUGGUAGGAGUUGACGGAGGCCUGCCACGGGUUGGUAUACAGAUGUUUGCCGAUUGGCUUUCCUCAACUGUUUCGCAUGUCGUCGGGCUCUGUCGCGGAGGUAAUGCACGCUCUCUGUCUAGAAGCGGUGCCGAGGAUAUGCGCUUGCCAAAGGUGGCCCCAGAAUUUGUAACACAGCCAUCAGCUUGUGUUUGCACCUUUGCAGCAGGCAAGGUCGUUGCAUGGUGCAGGCGCAAAUGGGUAUAGUGGUUGUUGUUGUAGGCCCUGUUGUUGUCGGCGGCUAGGCGGCGAGAGCGAGCUACGAGUAGGGUCGGCGAUGGGUUGCUGACAUGUCUCGAUCCAAAUUCGAACUUGGGCGAGUUGGGUUUUUGGAAAAUGUCGAGCGCCUUGGCCACGGCCACGUUCCCUUCAGAAGUGUUAUUCAAGUCGGCCAAUAGGCGGUGCACGUCAUGGUCGUUCAGGCCGUGGACGAGCUCCAAGAGCGAAUCGACCGAAGACCUUGAUCGGUGUCUCCGGGCUGCAGUGGGCGGCAUUGUUUUUUGUUUGUUUGUUGUAUUAUUUACUUGGGUUUAUUUUUUUGCUUGUUUAAAGUCUUGAAGGACUGAUGCAAAAGAUGACUAAAACAAAAAAUUUCCAAGAGACGCAGCAGAUGUUUAUUAACAAAAGGGGGACCAUGUGGGAAAAUAGAUGCUGGAGAGCCUGAUCGUCUAAAUUCGAAACCUAGGUCUCCUGAGUCCCACUGGGAGUGGAGCUGAGCUGAA